AUGGCUAAACAGUUUAAAAGAAAGUCUAAUGGUGUAUCUGAGAAUAACAGGAAACGCGGAAGGCAGGAGUUAAGAAAGGUUACUCGUACAGCUGCCAGAAAACAACAAGACGAGAGUCAUGAGGAUGGCUUGGAUGUGAAUAACAAUUUUGAAGAGGACAAUGCCGAAGAAGAGAUUGAUGAAGAAGAAGUAGGUGAACAAGAUUAUGAUGAUCGAGGAAAAGCAUAUUCUGCCUUGUUAACCUUAUUGAAAUCAGAGCAUAAAGAAAAAUCAAAGAAUGUUACUUCUGGAUCAUUACAAGUAGAUAGAACCAACCCGUCUGAUUCCGAGGAUGAAGAGAUCGCUGGUGCCAAUGUUGAGGAAGACGAAAAUGAAGGUGAGGACGAGAAUGUUGAUGAGAAUGGAAUUGAUUCUGAAAGUGAUAACGAAGAUGAAGAUACCGUAAAUCGACUUUCUACUGACCCAUUUGAGCUGCAUUUUAACCUUCCCACGGAAGACUACUUGGCUAAAGAAGAGAAAUUGGUUUUGAAAGAUAAUGAGAAAUGGUGCACAGUAGAUAAACGAACAUAUUCUGACUUGGCUGUUACUUCGUUAGUUCAAUUACCCCCAGGUGAACCAAUUAACCCACCAUUAUUAAAAUCUUCUAAAUUGAAUGAGUAUACCAUCAAGAAACGUGUAUUGGAUUCAUACCAACAAGCAUAUGGUGCUGAAUUAACCGAUUUAGAAUCAACAUUAAUUAAUCCGAUACUCAAUUAUAGGGAUGUCAAUUUCCAAUACAAGUCAUUCAAAAACAAGUCUUACAGGAAACUAUAUACUUUGCAUGCAUUAAAUCAUAUCUUCAAGACUAGAGAUAGAAUAUUGAAGAAUACUGCCAAACUACACGCCGCCAAGGAGGAUUCAGAGGAAUUGGAGCUCCGAGAUCAAGGUUUUACCAGAUCAAAAGUUUUGAUCAUGUUGCCCACACGGGAUUCUUGUUAUGAGGUGGUUGAGCAAUUAAUAAAAUUAUCAGGAACUGAACAACAAGAAAAUAAAAAGAAAUUCAAUGACCAAUUUUAUGUUAAAGCAGCUCCACCGGCAAAUAAACCAGAUGAUUUUCGAGAUGCUUUCAAAGGUAACAAUAGUGAUUUUUUCUGUAUUGGUUUGAAAUUUACUCGUAAGUCACUCAAAUUGUAUUCUUCAUUUUAUUCUUCCGAUAUUAUAUUGGCAUCUCCAAUUGGGUUAUCUAUGAUAUUAGAAAACCCUGACAAGAAGAAAAGACAAUAUGAUUUUCUUUCAUCUAUUGAAGUAUUGAUUGUUGAUAGAUGUAAUCAAAUUGAAAUGCAAAACUGGGAUCAUGUCAAUACAGUGAUGAAAUAUGUUAACAAAGUGCCCAAAGAAUUCCAUGAUGCUGAUUUUAGUCGUAUUCGUAUGUGGUCGAUUAACGACCAAGCAAAGUUAUUACGUCAAACAUUAGUAUUUUGUGAGUAUCUAACCCCAAGUAUCAACAAUUUGAUCUCGAGUAAAUCACAUAACCUUUCCGGGAAAGUUAAAUUCAAACCCAUAAUAAAUUCUGAAAAUAGUAUGAUGAAUUCCAUUGGACUUAAAAUCAAACAAAUUUUCCAAAGAUUUGAUAGUCAAUCACCAUUGCAAGAUCCAGACGCUCGUUAUAAAUAUUUCAUCAAUGCCAUUCUUCCAUCAUUGCUCAAGACUAGUUCAUAUGAAGAUGGAAUAAUGAUAUUUAUCCCUUCGUAUUUUGAUUAUUUACGAGUGAAGAAUUAUUUAAAAACAUCAACAAAAUUUACUUUUGGCUCUAUUGAUGAAUAUAGUUCACAAUCAAAAUUAACUAAAACAAGACAAGAAUUUGCUAGUGGUAAAAUUAAAUUAUUGUUAUACACAGAAAGAUUGCAUUAUUUCAGAAGAUAUGAGAUAAGUGGUGUCAAGACAUUAAUCAUGUAUGGAUUACCUUCAAAUCCAUUAUUUUACAAAGAAUUGAUUAGGUUUAUUGGUAAAUCUGUAUUCAAGGAAGAAUGUGAUUUGGAUUUAGCUUUGGUUAAGAUAUUGUUUUCAAAAUGGGAUGCAGUGAAUCUUGAAAAAAUGGUAGGAAACGAAAGAGCACCUGUUUUAUGCAAUUCAAUGAAUGAAUUAUAUGAGUUUAGAUAG